UUGAUUACGUCAUACGCAAACACAACACGUCGUCGAACAACUUAAAGAGUAUCUUGUUUAUUUAGAAAUAAAUUGCGUAAUUUUAUUGAACGCGGACAAUGGCAGACCAGGCUGAAGAUCCCAAUCUGAAGGCAGGACACGCUCCUGCAGUGAAAGUUGGUGGUAUGAGGGUUGCAACUCAUAAAAAACCUGAGAAGCCAGCCGAUGAAAAACCAGAGGAGGAUGACGCUGAGGAAUAUGAAGUACCGGCCAAAGUGGACAAGCACCAUCAACAAGUGUUAAUCUCAGGAGCUGUAACCAAGGGAGACAAAGAUUUCCCUGAGGCAGCUGUUCGGGCGAUACACGAGAAGCCCCAGCCCACCCACGUUAACCGACCCAUGCAGUCACCAAACACCAAGGUGCAGAUUCAACAGCCAAGGAAGUAGAUCAAGGUCAUCUCAAGGUCAUUGGCAUGGUGAAGGUCCAAAUUCAGAGCAUCGUCAACUACUGUAGAAUGGUAUAAUUUCGCAAGGGACGUUUUCCUUAUUUUUUUGCUGAUGCCACUAAUGUAAGGUUUAAAUUCUGAUACUAAUAUUUAAUAGUAAACAAACUUUUUGAAAUUGUUAUCUCUUGUUUGAUUAAUGAACAAAACUCACAAAUAUUCAACCCUUGCAAAAUUAAAACAUUCAGCAGUAUCUUACAUGAAUGGCAUUGUUGAUAUGUUGUACAUGUGUAACUCACCAUGUAGUUUGUAGGUUGGUUGUUGAAAUUUGAAUAUUAAAAGCAUAUACAUUUUUCAUUUGGAAUGUAGCAUAACGGAAAGUUAUUAGCAGAUACUUAUAUGUUAAAGUCUUAAUGGAAUUAAGAAUCGGUAAAAGUCAUAUGUGUUAUUAUAUUGAUUAUCUUUUAGAUUUUUUUUAGCCUGUCUGUUUUUCAAGAAAAAUAAUUGGGUAUUGUCAGAGCGUUGUCGUUGUUGUUAUGGGCAACAUAGUUGAUAAACAUGUUGUCAGAGACAAUGUGCGCAGGUGUAUUAUUAGCAAGACCCAUAAUUUUGGCAUUCAUGAUAAUUGAGUUCUGCACCUUUGACUGGAAUUGACAGAUGAGCUAAGGAGUUUGCUCCUGGCACUCUUGUUUUAUAAAUGUUGUUGCUUCUAUCACUUUUUGUGAGUCAUAUAUUUUUGUUUUGGGUAAUUGGUGCAUAUUAUUGAAGUUUCUGUAAGUUUUUUUUCUGUUAAACAAAACUGUGUUCAUUUUAUGUAAGUUACGGAUAAUAUAAUGUUUAAAAGUUGUUGAAAAUUGAGUUUGCCGAGCACUGAACGCAUAAUUAAAGAACCGAAUAUCAUUGUUUGAUUGUGUUCACUAAAAAUGGAAAUGUGCUGCAGUGCAGUAAAAGAUUGCACAUUUUAUAUAUACGGUAUUUGCAGUUUGUAAGCCUCAUACCUCUUCAUUUAAAACAUUAUUUUGACUUAAUAACAUACAUGUAGGCGAUCUUUAAUUGAAUUAUUUUGUCCGAAAAAUAUCUGAUGAUAGAUUAUGAAUUUUCACGUAUUUUUUUAUCCGUAAUGUAAAAUCACACAUGUGUUAUACUAAAUACCUAUACUGUAUAGACUUCAACUGGUAUAUACUGUAUAGACUUCAACUGGUAUACACGCUUUCAGCUUUGUAAACUUUUUAAAGUUAAUUGCAUAUGAGAAAAUGGCAAUAAUUGUAGGAUGUUUGAAACAUGUCCAUUACUUUAUUCAAUCCCAGUUAGAUAUUUUUUUUAAAUAUGAUAUUACAUGUAUAAAGCCAGACUCCUUCAUUUUAUAUAGUUUCUUGUUAAGCUUUGUACUUUUCUACACAUGUAAAAAGUAAUUAGUUUUUUUUUAAAAAGGUUUUAAAAUAAUUAUUGUUUUCUUUAAGGUCAAAAACAUAUUAAUGAUUUUUUUUCGAAAUAUUUUACAUUUGUGUACCACGUUUCAAUUCAGUUGAACUGUCAAAAACAAGACAUUUAUUGGCUGAUGAAUCUUUUUAAACUGAUUAAUGACUAUGUAGUUUCAUAUUAAGGCUUUACUCAGUCUGUUAAUAUAUAAUUACAUGUUUUUUAUACUGUGCCAUUAGAUGAUAAUUUCUACUCAUAAGUGUGAAACCUUGUUCUCUGCUUUUCUUUUAUAUUGUUGAGAAAAAAUGACUUACUUUUACAAUUGUUAAGAUUGGACUAGCCGUUAGAAUAAAACACUGCCUGAAAGUAAGAUUA